AUGGUAUCUAAUAAUCAACAAUCAAGUCGUAGUCCUUCUACUCAACAACAUCAUCAACCUAUUUUACUCUCUCGUGCUGAUACUCUUCCUUUUCAACCAAUAAUGACUCCUCCUCCUACUAUUUUGGCUUCUGAUGAUGAUGAUGAUGAUGAUGAUGAUUCUAUUUUAGUGAAAAAAGAUAAACGUAAAAGAGAUGAAACUAAUGAUGAUGCAGCUUUGAAUGAAAAAAGUGCCAAAGUGCCUAUGCAUGAACACCCAAGUCAAAACCAAUCUUUUUCUCUAGAAGACGAAGAAGAAAGUCAAGAUAGCGAUGAUAUUCAUUCUGCUUCCUCAAACAGCAAGAAACCUGGACGAAAACCUCUAGCUGACGAAGAACCUUCUGAAGAUGGUGAUCCAAAAGUGAAACGAAAGGCUCAAAAUCGUGCAGCUCAACGUGCUUUCCGUGAAAGAAAAGAACGUUAUGUCAAGGAAUUAGAAUCAAAACUUAAACAUGUUCAAGAUGCUCAUACUAUGGCAACUAAUCAAUUAUUUCAAGAAAAUCAUUAUUUGCGAUCCAUUAUCUAUCGUUUGGAAACUGAAAAUGUGGCUCUUAAAGGUAUCCAUAUCCAACAUGGUCCUCUCUCCGCAGCAGCUAUAUCAAGUCCUAUCCUAAUGCCUUCAUUACCAAUGACAGCAACUGUUUUUCAUCAUCAUCCUCUUCAGCAACAAACAAUGAUAUCAUUGCCAUCAUCUCUAUCCACAACCUCUGUCACUAGUAAACCAACAUCAUCCAUAAAGGUUGCCAAUUCAGUAACAUCACCGUCGCCACCACUUUCAUCAACAUCUUCAACACCAUCCAUGCAACCAAUUCAACCAGCUCCCGCACAAAGAGUUCAAUAUACCUUUUCUAUCAGUACACCUGAUACAUUACGAAGUCGUCAAAAGCAACGACAACAAUCAUCCAGUCCUUCUCCUCCAUUGGCACCCAAACAAAAGCAUUCACCUGUGGAACUUGUUAGACUUUAUCCAAAUGAACAUUCUACCGUGACAUCCAAUGCUUCAUCAUCAUCAUCACCAAGUUCUCCAUCAUCUUCUGCACAACAACCUUCAUCUCCAACAUCCUCCGUAUCUGCAUCCACACAUACAUCUGCUCAAACACCAACGAUGGAUUGUCAAUUAUUUUGUGACAAAUUGCAAGAAGUAUGUACACACGCAUUCGACCAGUUGUUAUCUGAACCAUUGUUUGAUACUACAGGUGGACUCAAUGAAUCCCUUGGUUUCCCUCAUUUGGAUGAAGAACAUCCUUUGAUUCAUCACACACCUUCAUCUACUUCAAAUCAACAGCAUUCACCCUGUAUCAGUGAUGAUCAUCCUACCAAGUUUCUUUCUUGUCAAGAAAUCUGGGAGAGAUUACAUCGACAUGCACGUUUUCCUCAGUAUUCAUCGGAUCAAUUGUUUUCCAUGGUCAAAUCAAUGGCAAAAUGUACCCAUUUAGGCCCAGUGUUGACGGAACAAGAUAUCAAGAUCAUCAUCCAUAAAAUGGAUCAAGGUUGUCUUUAGUGUAUUUAUUUUUUCUUUUUUUUUUGUAUUAUAUAUAUAUUAUCAUUCAUUUUUUUUAUUGACUUUUAUCUUUAAUGUAUGUUAUUCAUCUCUUUAUGUAUUUUAUUCCAUUUAUCAAUAUAAUAAAACCAGGCAAACAGUAUAAUGAUUUUGCUGCUU